CUUAACCAAAUCGUCUCUUAUUUUUCCUCUUCUCCCAUCAACGAUUCCAUAAAAACCCUAUUUCACACCUUCAAGGUCCUAUCUCUCAUUCAUUUUGUCGAAAUUCGCCUAAGAUCUCGUAAUGCUUCUCAAUUUGUUUUUUGGGGAUCGACGACCUCUCAAAAUUAUAGUAGUACGUUUGCGAUUAGGGUAUUGUGGAUCCUGUGCAAAAUUUGGAUAGAGCAAGUGAUUUGAUGGAAGACCAUCAAGUUCUGGAAGGGAGCCAACCAGUUGAUCUCUCCAGGCAUCCCUCCGGAAUUGUUCCAACUCUCCAGAAUAUUGUUUCUACUGUCAAUUUGGACUGCAAAUUAGAUCUUAAAGCCAUAGCAUUACAGGCUCGUAAUGCAGAAUACAAUCCCAAGCGUUUUGCUGCUGUGAUUAUGAGGAUUCGAGAACCAAAAACUACAGCAUUAAUAUUUGCAUCUGGAAAGAUGGUGUGUACAGGAGCCAAGAGCGAAGCACAAUCCAAAUUGGCUGCACGCAAGUAUGCUAGGGUUAUUCAGAAGCUUGGCUUCCCUGCUAAAUUCAAGGAUUUCAAAAUUCAGAACAUAGUUGGAUCAUGUGAUGUAAAAUUUCCCAUUCGACUUGAAGGACUGGCCCUUGCUCACCGUGCCUUUUCCAGUUAUGAGCCAGAGCUGUUCCCUGGAUUAAUCUAUCGAAUGAAACAACCUAAGAUUGUGCUGCUCAUUUUUGUCUCUGGGAAGAUUGUCCUUACUGGAGCUAAGGUUAGAGAUGAGACUUAUGCUGCCUUUGAGAAUAUAUAUCCUGUUCUCACAGGAUUCCGAAAAGUUCCGCAAUGGUAUGGCGACGUGGUGUUGUGUGCAUCAGUUUUAUUACUAUAGCAGUAAUUUUGUUUAUUUGCAUUCAUUAUUUUGAUGAAUGGAUUUACAUGUGCCUGAGAAGCCCCUCCUGUUCACGUGUAAUUGGCUUUAGUUCCCUUGUCAUGGAAGGUGAUCUGGCAUUGGUACAUAAUGGUAUUGUAUGUUAAAAGCAAUGUGUACUGAAGAUCAUUUAGAUAGAGCAAACUAUUUCAUGAAACAACCCAGAUUUGGCAUUAUUGUCCUUUAAGCUAGUGUUUAUGAUGUUGGAUUUUCCCAUUAAA